AUGACUUACGGAUCAGCUUAUGGCUACUCUUGUAAACUUUUUUAUUAUCAAUAAAAUAGCUCUGAGAGCUCUUUCCCCAGAAAAAGAAAUCGAAAUCUUACUUUUGCUAUCGAAAUAGAUUUCUCUGAGAACUAUUUGAUGGGGGAAAUACCAGCUGAGCUUGGCAACAUAACUGGUCUGAACCUUCUCUACCUUUUCCAGAACCGAUUAACAGGCUUGAUUCCUCUAGAACUCUGUGGCUUAAAGAAAUUGAGCAAGUUGGAUCUGUCAAUAAACCAGCUUGUCGGCCCUAUUCCCACCAGGUUUCAGCGCUUGAGUAAUUUGCUCCAGUUACAGCUUUUUGAUAACCAGUUAUCAGGUGCUAUUCCUCCAAAGCUUGGGAUGUUUAGCCUGCUUUGGGUAGUGGACUUUUCAGACAAUAAUCUCACCGGCCUGAUACCAGACCAUCUGUGCAGAAAUUCUAAUCUUAUUUUGUUGAAUCUGAGGUCGAACAUUCUUGUCCGAAAUAUUCCAAGUGGGAUAACAAAUUGUUCGUCAUUGGUGCAGCUUCAUCUGGGGGAGAACAGCCUGACAGGAAGUUUUCCUUUUGAAUUAUGCAAACUGGUUAACUUGACGAUAAUCGAGUUGGAUCAAAACAAGUUCAGUGGUCCUAUUUCUGCAGAAAUUGGGAAUUGUCGAUCUUUGCAAAUAUUAAAUAUUCCAAAAAAUUAUUUUACAGCUGAGCUGCCUGUAGAGAUUGGUAAUUUGUCUCAUCUUAUGAUCUUCAACAUAUCAUCGAAUAAGCUUGAGGGGAACAUACCUCUGGAUAUUGUCAAUUGCAAGAUGCUUCAAAGGCUUGAUAUCAGCAAUAACCAGUUCAUCGGCACUUUACCAAAUGGAAUCGGGACUCUUAUUCAAUUGAAAAGUCUUAUUGUUUCGGAUAACCAGCUUUCCGGGAAAAUUCCUUCCAUGCUUGGCAAGCUUUCUCAUUUAAUAGAAUUGCAAAUGGGUGGCAAUCAAUUUACCGGGAAAAUACCCAAGGAAUUGGGUGGCAUAUCGAGCUUACAGAUUGCAAUGAACCUGAGCUGUAAUAAUUUGUUUGGAAACAUACCGUCAGAGCUUGGAAACCUUGCAUUGUUAGAAUAUCUCUUGCUAAAUGACAACAGUUUAACACGCGAAAUCCCUUUGGCUUUUGAAAAACUCUCGAAUUUACUUGGGCUGAAUGUAUCCUACAAUGAUCUCGUCGGACCCCUCCCUUCUAUUCAACUGUUUCAAAGCAUGCCGGCAAGCAGCUUUUUCGGAAACAAAGGCCUUCUCGGCAGUCCUCUUGGUGAGUGUAAUGGUGACCCAAUUGGUUUGGCUACAUGCCCAUCAUCUUCUCAAAGUAAAGGUCAUGCAAAGAAGCACAACAAACUUAUUAAUGUAACUGUUAUUCCUAUUGCAUGCAUUGUGUUUCUCGUUUGUCUAAUGCUUGUGGUCACAUUGCUCUAUUGUAAAAGGAGGGAAGCCGUAAUGCAUGAAUCAAGUGAAAUAGUUCAUGGAGCUGCAAUUUUCUCAAUAUGGAACUUCAGUGGAAAAGAAGCGUAUAAGGAAAUCGUUAAGGCAACCGAAAAUUUCAAUGAGAAAUAUUGCAUUGGUGCUGGCACUUAUGGUACUGUCUAUAAAGUGACGCUAUCAUCCUGGGAGACAUUUGCUAUCAAGAAAAUUCAGAAAAUUGAAGAUCAAGCAGAGGAACAAUCUUUCAGAAAUGAAGUACAAUCAUUAAUUCAAAUUAGGCAUCGGAAUAUUAUAAGGCUCUAUGGUUUCUGCUCCACUAAUAAAUUCAACUUUCUCGCAUAUGAGUACAUGGAUAGAGGAAGCUUAGGAGCAAUACUAAUGUCCGAAGAUGAAGCCAGGGAGUUUGAUUGGAUCAAAAGAGUGAACAUCAUCAAAGACAUAGCUCAUGCUUUAUCAUAUUUGCAUCACAAUUGUGUUCCACCCAUUGUUCAUCAAGACAUAACAAGCAAUAAUAUUUUGCUGGAUGAGGAGCACGAGGCUUGUAUUUCAGACUUUGGUAUUGCUAAACCUCUAAAUCCUAAUUCUUCUCAUUGGAGUAUGCUUGCAGGCACUCGUGGAUACAUGGCACCAGAGCUUGCAUAUAUAAUGCGGGUGACAGAAAAAUGUGAUGUAUAUAGUUUUGGAGUUAUAUCGCUAGAAGUGAUACACGGAAUGCACCCUGGAGAUCUUUUAAGUGCCUUAGCACCAAGCAUGUUAGUAAAAGAUAUUUUAGAUCCACGUCUUCCACUUCAUAUGGGCGAUCAAGUGGCCGCAAACACAAUUCUUUCAGUGAUUCUUAUUGCAUUGCUGUGUAUCGAUGCCAAUCCGCAAUCUCGGCCAACUAUGGAAAAAGUAUCUCAAAUCUUAUCUUCGGAUAAGUCUUUCUCAAUAUCCUCCAUGAUUCCUUUCCAUGCACUUACCUUGGCUCAGCUGAUGAAUGCACACCCAUGA